CUCAUAUAAUUUCUCCCUCUCUUUCUCUCUCCCAAAUUCUUCUCCAAUUUAUUAUCCCCUUCCCCAUAAACCCCACGCACCCAUUUUUUUGCCGCGUUUGAGCUCCAGAAAUCGAUGGAGGCAGCAGGCUACACCUCUCGCACCGUUGAAGAAGUUUUUAAGGAUUUCAAGGGCAGAAGAGCUGGAAUUGUCAAAGCUCUCACUUCAGAUGUUGAAGAGUUUUAUCAGCAGUGCGAUCCUGAAAAGGAGAAUUUGUGCUUGUACGGGUUUCCUAGUGAGCAAUGGGAGGUUCAUUUACCUGCUGAAGAAGUACCACCAGAACUCCCUGAGCCUGCUUUAGGAAUCAACUUCGCUAGGGAUGGGAUGCCGGAAAAGGACUGGUUAUCUCUAGUUGCUGUCCACAGUGACGCUUGGUUGCUUGCUGUUUCCUUCUACUUUGGGGCUAGGUUUGGAUUCGAUAAAGCCGACAGGAAGCGGCUCUUUAACUUGAUCAACGAUCUACCAACUGUGUUUGAAAUUGUGACUGGUGCUGUCAAAAAACAGCAUAAGGAGAAAUCUUCAAUGUCAAAUCAGAAUGGCAACAAGUCAAAGUCGAACUCCAAAUCACGGGCUGAAACUCCUGGAAGGUUUUCAAGGCCACAGCCGCAGCCAUAUGAUGAAGACUACGGCUUACAAUACGAGGAAGAUGAGGAUGAGCAUGGGGAGACGUUAUGUGGUGCCUGUGGUGAGAACUAUGCAUCGGAUGAAUUCUGGAUUUGCUGUGACAUAUGUGAGAAGUGGUUCCAUGGAAAAUGCGUGAAGAUCACCCCUGCUAGAGCUGAGCAUAUCAAGCAGUACAAGUGCCCCACAUGCAGCAACAAGAGAGCUCGCCCUUAGUCUAUAGAUCGCUACCUUUUAGCUUCUGUACUUUCUGGAAAACUACAUUUGCAUCGGUCGAUCAGACUCAUCCUUGUUCUAAGCACCAAAGCCUAACCUGUGAAUGCGUGCUUUUCUGAUUCGGGGAUCUCGUUGUUUUUGGUACAGUAUUAUUGUUUCUGGCAGUGUUAGAAGUAGUCCCAUGGCUGCCUGCAACUUAUGUUCUUUUUAAAUAGGAUUUCAUGUCUUCAAUGAUCCUGUGAAAAAGCUAUUGUUUGUGUUCGUUUCAUAUGCUGCAUAAUCGAUAUGGCAUGAUUGAGCUUUG